AUGGAUAAAACACCAUCCAACUCUCAGGAUGUUGAAGUAAGAAAAGGGCCAUGGACCUUGGAAGAAGACUUGAUCUUAACCAACCACAUCGCGAACCACGGUGAAGGUGUAUGGAACUCGCUUGCUAAAGCUGCAGGUCUGAAACGUACAGGAAAGAGUUGCCGGCUCCGUUGGCUCAACUACUUGCGGCCCGACCUCCGAAGAGGGAAUAUUACACCUGAAGAACAGCUCUUGAUCAUGGAACUGCAUGCUAAGUGGGGAAACAGGUGGUCGAAGAUUGCAAAGCAUCUUCCAGGGAGGACGGACAACGAAAUAAAGAAUUACUGGAGAACUAGAAUCCAGAAGCACAUUAAGCAAGCUGAAACAUUUGCCGCACAGAGUUCUGAGACGAAUGAACAUGGGAGCAGUAGCAGCCAAGUUUCCAGCACAACCGAAUUAAUGGUGUCCAAUUGUCUGCCAUCCUACCAAGGAGACAUGGAGGCCUUUUCAGGGGGGAAUAUACCUCAAGAACUGAACGAAAAUUAUUGGAGCAUGGAGGAUCUGUGGUCCAUGCAGUUACUUAAUGGCGAUUAA